AUGGCUGAUAUUUACGCUCUGCCGGAGCCAAUCAAUGGCGAAAUUUUUGGACAUAAAUUGGAGGAUUUGGAAGAAGCGUUGAAGCUCCUCACUGAGGCGGACAUGAAAAAGCUAGACGAGCUCGAGAAGUUUGCAAUGUUCUUCAAGAAUGCCCGUGUCAAUUUCGGCUUCACUCAACUGGAUGUUGGACACGCACUUGGACCUCGCUAUGGCGCUGAAUUUUCGCAGACAACCAUCUCACGCUUUGAAGCCUGCAAUCUUUCCUUCAAGAACAUGUGCAAGCUUCAACCGAUCCUUGAGCAAUGGAUUUGCGAGACUGAAAAGGCUUUGCUGAACGGAACAUCUGUUGGUGCAAUUGUGGAACUUGGAACUUCUCGUAAAUCCAUCACUGACGAUGAAGAUUCGCCGAUGAAGAGA